AUGUUUGCUGGAAACCCCAUUCUUGAUGUAAGUUUUUUUUGGAAUUUGUUGAGAAUUUGAAAUACUAAAAUAAUAAUUUUUAGGAGAUCAAGAAGGGGUUCAAACUUAGACCAACAAAAACAGUCGACAAAUCGAAGCCCAUCAUUUAUGCAGAAGGGGAAGAUGAGUCAGAAGUAGCGGUAACAAAAAGAGCACCAUCAGGAAUUGCACCACCUGGGCAAACAAUUGCCUCAAUUGCUGCUGCUUCCGCACCAUCAUCUUCUUGGAUUCCGCCACCAAUUACAAAUGGAUCAAUUCCUCCGCCACCAGUUAUGUUGGGUGCAAAUGGAAUUCCACCUCCGCCACCAAUGUUUGGUGCAGCCGGUAUUCCCCCGCCUCCUCCAAUGUUAAAUGGGAUUCCACCGCCUCCUCCAAUGGGUUUAUCUCCAUCGCCACCAAAUCCUCCACCUGUUCAACGACCAAAAACACCAUUGAAUCCGGCAUUGGCGAAAUUGGGAGGAAAAUCACCAGGAACUGUUGAUCGAGGAGAAUUUUUGAAGGGUAUUCAAGGAGGAUUCAAAUUGAAGAAAACUGUGAGUUUUUUUUUUGGAAUCUUUUUGGAAGGGAUCAAUUCUGCCAAAUUUUUUUGAAAUUUUUUCGAAUAUUAUGACGUGGCACCAGUAAUUCAGAAUCCAAAUAUUCCAAGUAAUAUUUCUAGAGAUGUGGUAUUUUUGAAUUCAUAAGCUCGUAGGAAAUAUUGGAAAUUAAAAAAAAUCCCCAAAAUUAUCUUGAUGAACUAUAUUUGAAUUCUGAAUUCACAGAAAAUUCCAACGCUAAAUUUGAUUUUAUUGGUUGGAAAUUCAAAAAAAUAGAUUUUGAACACAAUUUGAUUUUUGCCACGUCAUGAAUAUUUUUCUAUGCGAUUUAUGAUCACACCAGGUUGACUUGAUUAGAAAUUCCGUUCCAUAUUAAUUUUUUCUAUUUUCAGGUGACAAAUGAUAAAUCGGGUUUGUUUGUCGACGAAGAAAUGCGUGAAAAAAGUGUGACACUUGUUGAAAAAGCACCAUCUACGUUAGUUUCUAUUUUUAUUUUUCAUAUUCAAGUCAAUCUAAAUCCGUUCCUUUUUUUUUAGAUAUAUUCCACCGCCAAGAGCUCGAAGUCCAAUUUCUCGACCACAUUCUUCAUUGGGAUUCGGAUCGGAAGAUGAAAGGUGAGUUAGGAGGAGCAAAAACAAAAACAUCUGGCGCGUUUUUUUUCGCGGAACACAUGAGAGAAAAAUGUGACAUGUUUUUUGGGGAAUCAAUUCAAUUUUUUUUUAGAUUCCGAACACCUUCGGCAAGAACUCCUGAACCACGAGAUGAUUCACCUGAACCACUUCUUGGACAACGUCGCCCAAUUGUUAUGCGAAGAAAAGGCGAUCCACCAGCUCCGCCACCAGAAUUUGGAUUUGAUUCAGAAAAGCAGAAAAUCACAUCAGAAGAUAUUGAAAAAGAAAUCAAAAAAGGAAGUGUUGCUUCGAAAAUGGCUGCACUUAUGGGAAAUAUGGGAUUUGCGCAAGAUAAAAUUGAUCAAAUCGGAACUGGUUCAUUACCACGUGCAACAUUCCGAAAAAGUCCAAUGAGAGCUUCAAUUCUACCUUCUCCUUCAGAAGUUAAUAAUAAUGGAGAUGAAGAUGAUGUUCCAAAACCGAAACCAAUUUCAAAAUGGCAUGUUGAUACAAAUUAUGGAUUAAGAACUGCAUCACGAUCAAAUGUUCCAUUUGAAAAAGAAAAACAAGAAAGAGCGACAUCAGUUUUGAAAGAAAGAAGUUCAUCUUGGUUAGAUUUAACAAAACCUGGACCAAUUGAAAGAGCAAGAACACAAUCACCAAUUCCAUUAUGUGAAAGAUUAGAUUUAGACGAAAUGGAUUUUGAUGAAUUAUGUGAAAGAGCCGAAGCUGAAAGAAAAGCAGCUGGACCAAAGAAAAAAGUUGUUAAAAAGAAGUCGAAAGUUUUGCCAAAUCCAAUAUCUGUCAAUACAGAUUUUUGUACAACUGGAAAUCCAACAACACGUCGACCAUCGAAUACACCACAGAUUCAGGAGACUCCACCAACUCCAGCACAAAAGAAAACAUAUGGAUAUGCGAAUAAAUCAACAAGAUGUUCAAGUCCAUCUUCAAUGUCAUCAACUUCAGCACCUUCACCAUCUUCACUUUCAGCUGGAUCAGUUUCACCUGAACAAAUUCCAAAAAGACGUGGAAGUAAUCCAAACUUUGAAAAGGUGAGCUUUUUUGAAAAAUAAUUUUCGGGAUUUUUCCUAAACUCAAAAACUGGAAAGGUGUUGAAAAUUUCAUUAGAAAUGUGUUCAAUACCUAAGUUUUUUGAAGACUACUGUAAUUCAAUCAAUAUUUUGAGUCUAUCGAGAGUGCCUUGAGUUUUCCAAGAAAAUUAUUCACCUUUUAUGAAUUAGGACUUUCUAAAUAAUAUAGAUUCGGAAAAAAAUGGAACAAAUUUAAAAUUUUAUGAAUAUUUUUGCGCGAAAAUCUGAAAUAAAACAAUACUGCAAUCGGAGCCAUAAGAAAUACUCCUUAUUCCAGGCCAAAGAGAAAUGGGGUGCUGAAGAACGUCGUGAAUCAAUAACACCAACCAAAGAAACAACGCCAGUCAAAGAAAAAACACCAGAACCAAUUGUUUCAAAACCAUCAAGAAAGGUCUCAAAUAGCACAACAACUAAAAAACAAUCCACAACAACUCCACCUCCACCCUGCUUUGCGGUUGUACCUGGAGCUGAAGCAAAAGGUGCCACCGCUGUCGCCAACGCAAAAACACCACCAACCCGUCGACAAUCUAACACAGCCACACCUUUGUCCUCAACAUCUAACAUUAUUUUACCAGUUAGCACUAAAUCGACAAGUGAUACAAUUCGAGAUCGAGCAAAUCGAUUUAGAGAACAACUUCAAGCUGAUGAUGAUAAAGGAAAGAAACCAUGGCAGGUAUAGUUCAAUUAAAUAUCACUUUUUGCUUUCAAAACAUAUGUAUAAACUAAUAAUUUUUAGAAAGGAUCUACUAGAAACUAUUGA